AUGAAAUUAAUGAUCUGGAUAUUUUUGAUAUUUGUGACAACAGUUUCCUCACAAGAAGUGGCAGUUAGUUCGAAAGUUGAUGAAAGAAAUUUUAAAAAGGAUGACGAAAAAAGAAGUACGUUAACUGAGAAUGACAAUAGUGAGGACGAAUCUAAAUCGAAUAGCAGGAAGAGUAUGGGGCAUGGUUUAGAGACGGCUAUUGGGUCAGGACGCUUCAAAUAUAAAUAUAAACGCAUGAAAGCUAAAGGUAUCGAUGCAAAAGGGAAAUUUCGAUCACGUGGAGUUAGAGGUUAUGGUAUGAUCUCGUCAGAAUACUCACAAUUUCUAAUUGAAGAGAAUUUGGAUAAAUAUGGUCAUGCGAAACCUAUUAAAUCAAAAUUCAAAACGUAUGGGAAAAAGAAAAAAUAUUCCAAAAAGCUCGUUGAUGAUCAAUUUGAUACUAAAGGUAAUUUAAUUGAACAACGUAAAUAUAAACAAACUGGUAAUUAUCAAGCGAAUGGUACUCAUCUUUACAUCGAUUUACAAGCACAAAAAGAGAGAGAUGAAAAAUGGAAAUUAAAAACGAUGAAUACGCAACAGCGAGACAACAGCUCAAGUGAAAAAGUAGAUGGUCACAAAAAUAGUAAUCAAGAAGUAAUUUUCCACAGUUAA